ACCCGGGGUCGGUGCCGGCAGCCAAUCAGCGACUCGCCGUUUGUGAUAUGCCACGCCGCAUGGACUUGCCUGAUUGGUCUGGGGCACCUAUCUGCACCUCCUUUAGCAUCUACGGUGUAGGUGCACUGCUUUGCUACUCGGUCUGGAAAGGAUUCAGAUUGCGUCAAGGGUUACCAGAAUGACUCACACUCAGGAAAUAAAAGAACGUCCAAGUUCCAGAGCUGGGCAUCCAUCAACGCCCAACUACAGCAUCGGCAACGUUUCCAGCAUACAUCAUGGGACGCACAUUGACUUACCCAAAGAGGUCCACAAACACCGUCAACCGCUAUAAGCACAGAGGUGUGUCGAGGGUCAGCUGCUUGACAAAGAGAAUAAAGACUAAAACUCUAUGCAGCGACAUAUGACUUGGGGGCAAUCCAUUCCAUCAUCAACUCGACUCAGGUUCUCCAUGUAUCCUUCAACCCCGGUCCCGAGGACCCUUUCCCCGCCAUAAUACCUAUGAUCGGGCAAAUGGGAUCGUUCGACUAUCCCUCUGCGGAUAUCAACGAGCCGCUGGAUUGUUAUUUACACGGCUAUGUCAGCUCGCGGAUCAUGAACCUUGCCCGAGAAUCUCAGGGACAAGGACUGCCAAUCUGCGUGGCUGCUAGCAAGGUCGACGGAUUGAUUCUGUCCCUGACACCGAACUCUCACAGCUACAACUACCGCUCCGCCAUUCUACAUGGUUAUGCGAAUAUCGUCACCGAUGAGGCCGAGAAGCUUUGGGCAAUGGAGCUGAUCACCAACUCGGUGCUUCCAGACCGUUGGAAUAAUACCCGAGUGCCCCCGGACCGUGCCGAGAUGUCUUCAACGGUCAUUCUCAGGGUCCGAGUCGUUGAUGGAAGCGGCAAGAUUCGUGACGGAGGGGUUUCCGACGAGAAGAAGGACUAUUCCAACGAAGAAGUGACCGACCGUGUGUGGACGGGAGUGGUACCGGUCUGGGAGACGUUCGGGGCACCCAUUCCAAGUUCUGAUAACAAGGUGGCCGAAGUACCUGACUACAUCACUGGCUUCGUUGCCAGUAAGAACAACCAGAACCGUGGUUAUGCCCAAGAAGCAGUCGGGGUCACUCUUCCCAAGGAAGAACAGCAUUAGUUCAGUAUCUAUUUCACUAUUUCCAAUGGUCUGGUUACCAGUUUUGUCUCCACAAAUAUCGUACAUUAUCCACUUUGUUUUGUAAUCUACAUAUUAUUCAGUCGUCCACAUAGAUUAAAAGCGAGUUGUCGGUGCCGUAAUUCCACCCUUGAUUUAGUUCGCGUAUUCAGU